AUGGGCUACGGCGUAUCAAGAUCUUCUGCAAGCUGCAAGAGCGAAGUUCCGAGGGUAAAUACUCCAUCUCUUGAGAGGUCGCCGUUCAGGCUGCUACCGAACGAGCUCAUCCACCACAUCGCCGCCUUCCUCCCUCGUGACGCAGUCGCAUCCUUUGCUCUCAGCUGCCAGUCUCUACGUCUCACCCUCCCAAAUUCAAGCUUCAAGCUGCCAUGGGAGAACAAACUCACUUUCUUACAGUUACUGGAACGGGAUCUACCUGGCCACAUUAUAUGCCGGCAUUGUACCAAGCUUCAUGCGAUGGAGAAAGCAGAUUUAUAUCUCCUAACUAGAAAUAUGCGUUAUCCUUACUCAAGAUGUAGGUGGGAGCAGAUGUGGAGUAACAUUGACUGGUAUUUUCAUAAGGGAUUUUCGACCGUUGUCUUCGAGAUGGCGGUAAAGCAACAUCAGCAAAGGCUCGAUUGUUCCAAGCUGCUUGAAUUGCUGUCUUCCGAAGCCAGAAUUUGUCAGAAAGAGGGAUAUGUUGAGCGACAUAGCGCUUUUGCUCGUGUUGUUGGAGGCUGUUUGCUCAUUCGAGACCAAAGGGUGUGCCUCAUGCCGAAUACCAACGAGGAGCCGCUUCCAAGGAACGCGAGGUUCAUCAUCUGCCCGCACUUCACGUUGACAAUGCACUCUAUGGAGAGAUUAGAUCGUAUGGCGGAUCAGUUCGGCAGGCCAGACGGAUCCGAUCUACAAGCUUCUCGAAUGGGGACAGGUCUAAUUCCAUGCCGAUAUUGCCAUACAGAGUUUCAAGUCGUCUUCAGAUCAUUUGGGGAGGCUGGUAGGGGUGUAUCAAUAACGACAUGGAAAGAUGUCGGUGGUUCGCUAUUAGAUGAUAAAUGGCGUGGCCAUAUUGGAUCAGAGGUGGAUAUGGUCCCGUUCGAUCGAGGUUCCAUCUGUACAGCUUUUCAGAAUGAGGACUUCCGUUUGAUCAAGCCUGGUUGGCCCUUGGAUUCUGAAGUACGGAAGAUGAUGUUGAAGGGAAAGUCAUCUAGGAGGAGCAAAAUCUUCCAGUAG